UAAAGGCAAGAAGUAGCAGGAUCUUGACAGCAAAUUAUGCACGGAAGCCAGUAGAUUUUUGACGGACCGUCAUCUAUUUCUCUCCUAUCCCGAGGAUAAUUAUACUAAAGCACUUCUCUCUUUUUUAUUUCUUUCUUCCUUGAUUUCCUCACUCAUUCAACCAUGUUUCGACUGGUUCCAUUACGAUCGUUCUCAUUGUCGCGUCUGCCUUCUCGACGAUUCAACAGCACGGUUGCCCCCAAGCCGCUGGACGGUAUCCGAGUACUUGAACUGGGACAGUUGAUAGCUGGCCCCUUUUGUGGAUCGAUUUUGGGAUAUUAUGGCGCAGAUGUGGUCAAAGUAGAACCACCUAAAACUGGUGACCCACUUCGCAAGUGGAGACAUGUGGAUGAAGACGGCGAGAGCCCUUGGUUUCGUAGUCUGGGAAGAAACAAAAAGUCAAUUUGCAUCGACUUGAGAACAGACCAGGGUCGAAGCUUGGUAAAGAAGUUGGCACAGGAUGUCGAUGUACUUAUAGAAAACUUCAAGCCAGGCACAAUGGAAAAAUGGGGUCUUGGACCUGAGGAUCUCUAUGCAACCAAUCCUGGGUUGAUUUACACUCGAAUUUCAGGCUACGGACAGACAGGCCCAUAUUCUAAGCGUCCUGGAUUUGCUGCUGUUUGUGAAGGCAUGGGUGGGUUCCGCUACGUCAAUGCCGUGCCAGGCGAGGCCCCUGUACGACCGAAUAUAAGCUUGGGCGACUCGCUUGCUGGCAUACACGCAGCUUUGGGUGUCUUGCUCAGCUUGAUUGGUCGAAACAAACUUGCUGGCACUGCAGAGAAAACGGGUCAAGUAGUUGAUGUGGCCAUCUAUGAGAGCAUGCUCAACAUGAUGGAAAGCAUUAUUCCGGAGUAUGACAGAUUUGGGCAGAUCCGUCAACCGUCCGGAUCUACUGUGACGGGAGUAGUGCCCACCAAUACGUAUCCCUGCAAGGAAGGUCAAUAUGUAAUCAUUGGCGGCAACGGCGAUACUAUCUACAAACGACUCAUGAAAGCUAUCGGCAGAGAGGACCUGGUUGGCGCUGAGUAUGAGACCAACGCUCACCGCGUCAAAGCGCAAGAACUCAUUGAUGGAGCUAUCAGUGAGUGGACGGCGACCAAGACUCCGGAUGAAGUAUUGGAUGCGCUUGAACAAGCAUCCGUUCCUGCCGGUAAAAUUUACAAUGCAAAAGAUAUCGUAGAGGAUGAGCAUAUCAAUGCUCGCGGCAUGAUCGAAACUGUUACUGUUGGUAAACCGGAAGAAGGAAGAGGAUACGAACUCAAGGUUCCCGGCAUGUCUCCCAUCCUUCAAACUACCCCUGGUGCCACAAAAUGGGCCGGUCCUGAUCUAGGUCAAGACACUGUUGAGGUUCUCGAAAAGUCCUUGGGUCUGUCUAAAGAGCAAAUAAGUUCUUUGAAGGAGCAGGGCAUUAUCAACCAAUAGGCUACGAAUACCUCCCCAACCCAAUUUGAAGAUCAUCCUCCUUGUUAUAUUAUGAUAUCUCCUCUCAUAAACUGGAUUAGAGCAUAAACUAUGGACCUUAUACUAUCGUGGUUAACACUUCCAGAAUACUUAAAACUUGAUCCGCUUGAUCAGGCUUUCACUGCGCAAAGAAUCUUGCUUAAUUUAUGUUUUAAGCGAUUUGCUCGACCUCGGUUUUUUUCAGAGAGCACAACCAUCCCUAUAACCACCGUCAUCAUUACUAGUCUAAUCAUUAUAAUCAUCGCAUUUCUACUUGCUUUACAGGAUUUUGCAUACGAUACCGCUGUCGGCCUUCUAUUUCUUCGUACCUGGGAGGAUAUUUUUUUGAUAUUAGGGAGGAGCAUUUUUUGGUACAUGGGUGGCAGGUUUUUCGUAUGGGGG